CUCGUCACAGUACGUACAACUGAAGUCCGCGAGGGUGGAAGUGUGGAUUCAUUCAGCCAAAGUGAUAAUGGAGGGGGAAGAGAUGGAGAUGAGCAAAGAGGAGCUCCAGAGGUGGCUCAGACAGAGGAUAAAGAAGAACGAGCUGAUCACCUCAGAUGUGCUAGAGAAAUGCAAACUGCUACAAUCUGUUUUGGAAAGGAGGGAGAGACAGGCUGCCCUCCUCCUGAAGCUCUGCAAGUCAGUGUCAGCAUGUGAAUCGGUUGUGAAGACUCUAUACUCGUUGCUGGGGUGGGAAUACAAAGAGACGGAUUCCCAUAAUGAAGAAAAUACAUCAGAUUGUGGAAAUACAGUCCCCAACUCUCCAAGUCCUCCUGACCCUACUCCUAAACUACAGGACAGUGAGAAACUACAUGGAGAUGAACGGAAAAAAUUCUGUACUCCUGAACUACAGGGCAGUGAGAACCUAUGUGAAGAUAAUGGCAAAAAAAUCUCUAUCUGUCUCUUUCGAAAGAGAAAACCAGUGGUGGCCUUGACCAGACUUUCUGAAAGUGAGAUCCAGUCUUUACUUCAUCCAGCGCCCCAGAGUAGAGAUGGUGAAGAUGAAUCCUUACACAAUUCGGAUUCUGAUAUGCAGUGGGAACCAGGAGAUGACUCGAGUGAUUCUGAUUAUUCCAUCUCAAGUACUAACAGCCGGCCAAGCAAGAGAAGAAAAAUGGAUCAAAAGAAUAAAAAACUUGUCAAGACUCAUGCAUCACCUGAAGCCAGUACAAAUAGCAAUGCUAAGAGCAACAAAACGAAAACAUCAGCACACCAAGCAAGUGCCAGUACUGAUGCUAAGGUCAACGUGAAGAAAACAUCUCCACCCCAAGAAAGUGCCAGUACAAAUGCUAAUGUCAGUGUAACAAAAACCUCAACACCGCCAGCAAACAGCAAAGAAGUAUACCCUGUCAUAGUAUCUACUCUUUGCCAGUCCUCUGAUGGAGAUACCAAGACCCCUCCCAAAGGGCCACUAGGAGAGCUCGUUGUGAACAUGAAUGUUAUGGCCAGAAAGAGCCCCAUGAGCUGGAGGCCAGGGAAAAUCGUGGAAAUAAUAACAAUGGAAGAUGGUAGGUUGAAAUACAAGAUCAAUUUUGAGGAGAAGGGGAAGAGCCGCGUCUCUGGUCACCACAUUGCCUUUGACUACAUGCCAAAUGUGGAUCAGCUGUUUGUCGGCGCUCGUGUGGUGGUCAAGCGUAAAGUUGAGGAGCGCCACUUCAGCCCUGGUAUCAUGGCAGAGCUCCCCAGUAGAAAAAACCGUAUGAGGUUCCUGGUCUUUACUGAUGAUCACAAACCGCUCUAUGUUGGCUUACCUCUACUUCGCCUUGUGAGCAGACCACUGGAGGACCCUUUGGAUGAUAUUCCAGAUGGCAACCACAAGGAUUUCAUGAGGCGGUAUAUGGAGGCUUGGCCUUACCCACCUCUGACCCAGUACAGGGUUGGACAGACAGUCAAUGCAGAGCUCGAUGGAGUCCUACAGAGGUGUGAGGUGCUGGUAGUCGACUGCAGCUUGAUGGAGAUUCUUGUUGCGGCAGAUCAACAUAAGGAGUGGAUCUACCGAGGAUCCACAUGCUUGCAACACAUAUUUAAUAUGAACAAGAUUUUGGAGGUGAAAAAGGGGGAGAAGCAGAAGAAUAAAUCUCUCACAGUCAAAGAAUCAUCCAAAUCGGCAUGCUGAUGGGACCGUGAAUGUGUAACGAGAACUGGUGCUGGUUGCUCUUAUAAUUUUUUUUUAUUUUUAUUUUUUAAUAUACUUUAUUAAUCCCCCUGAGGGGAAAUUCAAUUUUUUUCACUUUUACUAAUAACCAAUAUGGCUGUUUUUACAAGUUCCAGAGGGGGAGCAAGAUUACACUGGCUCAUUACUUCUUCCUGUGGUCACUACUGCUGCUGUUCAGAUCAGACAUGCUUGAUAUUAGUGACAGGCAUCAGAUCCUGUAACUGUGGAGCAUUUGACUGUGGCCAUGAAGCCAAAAAUGGCCUCACAGUUCAGUGUAGUUAUAGUAUGUUCUGCUUAAGAUUUUAUCUCCGUGGAGUGACUGAAAACUAUUAAACUGUCUCGAAACAGUAAGAUAAUGCAUUUUUGUUUUACAAAUGUAUCUGUAUCAUAUUUUUUGUGUUCUUGAAUAAAAAUGUCUUAUUGUCUUAA